AUCGAAGAGAUGCAACGCGCGCCAGAUAAUAUAUUUCAUUGCGAGCUGUUAGGAAAGUGAAAGUUCUUACUAUUAGUGUGUUGGAAUACCAAGUGUUACUCAACGGAUCCUACCGGAUUGAGCUCUUGAACGCCAGAACGUAUGUACGUUAUGUGAGAGUGACAUAAACUUGCACCAAGAAUUGAUCUAGUCACAAUGAAACAUAUAAUGAUAAUUUUGACAUCUGCUCUAUGUGCCAACACUUUGCCAACAGGAAGUGUAUCUGGUGGUGUAGAUAUCCACGUUAACGACGUAUCCAAAAAUUUUCAGUUUCCUACAAUCAACCCAAAGGCAUUCACCGUUCUGCCCGGUUUUCCCGAUUCAGGCAGGACGAGGGCAGUUUUGGAACAAGAGACCCUACUGAGUCAAGUAGAUUCGAAAUACGGUAACCUUCAACAGAAUGUCGCCAAUAUUUAUAAUCCGAAGCCAAUAGUCGACACAAUCAGAGAAGAAGAGAAAUAUGGAAAUGAUGGGGAGAAAUUUAAAUCGGUGGGACGGGUGCUUGUGAAUGGCUACGAGAGUUUCUCGAACUUUCUGAACGCAUUAUUCGAGUAUCCCAUGGAGAAGGCUAAACAAAUUGGUAAACAAAUCACAGCCAAUCUCAACGCUAUUGGUGGGAAAUUAGUUGGUCUAUAAACAAACGAUGGUGGUACAUGACUGGUC